AUGCAGUUCUUUCAGGACCAGAUAGAUUUUCGAUCUCUAUGUUGUACUGUUAUUAAUCCUAGUAUUAUACCCGUCAAAAUUGCCACUAUCGGCGCAGGCCUCAAUGGCCCUCGUCAUGCACAAUCCGUAAUAUCGAGUCCCUCAACAGAGUUAAUUGCUCUCGAUAACCCAAUGCCAACUGGCAAAUAA